UUUUAUUUAUUAUUAUUUUUUUUCAUAUGAAGGAGGGGUUUUGUGUAACAUCUGUUCCCGAGGGGCAUGAGACAACAUGCUGGGGUUGUGGAUCUCACCUUCUUCUCUCAUCAUAUGCACCCAUUUUCAAGUGUGGCUGGUGUGGGGCUAUAACUAACCAAAAUGCAUGGAAGCGUGAAAACAAGGGCUUUCGGUGGAGACGCUUGCGAGACCGGUGCUUUGUUUGUGUCCUCAUUAUAUUUAUGCUCUUUGUGAUUUGUGGUGGGGUAUGGGCUGUUUACCCGGUUGUCUUUUCAAUCAGUUAUUACUGUGGGAUUUUUCACUCCAUCUUAACUGCAAUAUUGUCUGUAACUACAAUUUCUACAUUUAGCCUUGCGGCAUUUAAAUGUGCUGGAGCUCCACCAAUCAUACUGUGGGGUAGCUAUAGAGUAGUGGAAAAAGGUGGCCUUGAGAACUAUUCCUUCUGCCACUUUUGUUCAAAGCCAAAGUCUCCUAGGACUCAUCACUGUCGUUCAUGCGGAAUGUGUAUCGUGGACAUGGAUCAUCAUUGCCCAUUUAUUGGGAACUGUGUUGGGGCAGCGAACCACCGGUGCUUCAUUGCCUUCCUCCUCUCAGCAGUCAUCAGUACAAUCUACGUAUCCAUCAUAUCUGCAUACACGGGAUUUCAUAUCUGGCCACCAUUGAAAUACAGAUCUUUUGACCUUUUGAGGGGAUCUAGAACCAACUUGGCUUUCAGAGCGGUGAAGGAAAUUAUUUUUGCUUUUUUGAGAUCGGCAGAGUUUCUAUCUGCAAGAGGACUUGUACUUGCUUACCUGUUUCUUUCUAGUGUUUCGGUUCAGAUUGGGUUGAGUGUGCUCUUGUGGCAGCAACUCUGCUACAUAUACGAGGGGAAUACCUACUUGAGUCAUUUAAGUUCACAAGGGGGUGAUGGAGUUGGGAAAAGAGAUUGCCAAAAUCUCAUUCGUUUUUUCGGUUGUCCGUAUUCUGCAUUGCGGUACUUGCCAAGGUUUCAAAAUUCUAGGAAGAGGCACAAGAAAUGAACCUUCCAUCUCUCUCUCUCUCUCUCUGUUUGUUGUGUGUCAUUUCAAAUAUACAAUUUUUGAAGUUUUGACAGUUUGUGAGGUCCUGUGUUAAUCUGUUCAAUGAUGUUUGUUAUAGAAUGUAAAGUUGUAAACUGAUGGUAAAAGAAAUGUGAAAGUUUUUUUGUUUUCAUUAUUA